CUCCUAAGAAUCUGAAGUCAUCCUCCUCUGCUGGAUGGUGUCCAUUAGAAACGUGAACUGAGCCGCAGAGGAGGGUGACUUGAUGGAUUAGAUCGACCUGAUGAGGAGGCAAUAAAACAUGUAAUAUCUGCUAUUUGAGUGGUUCACUGAUUCCCCCGCGUUUCAGCAAAGGCAGCCUGCAUGCGUUUGAAGUCUGACAGCGUUUCAUUUCAGAUGGAGUCGACAUCACCGUGAUGUUGAAAAUAUUAUAAAUGUUAGUAUGAUCAUUUUGAAGAGAGUGAAAAAAAAUCCCACUCUCAGGCAGCGCAGGAGUCCAGUGUGACAUAUCAGUACAGUGACAUACGGAUGCCCGUGUGGCCACACUAAUUAUUGUCAGCGGCUGGGAGUGAUAUGGACUCGCAGAGAAAUGCAACGUCCUGCCCUUCUACAUCUUGAAUAGUGGGAGUCAUGAACCGCUGCAAGGUGACGCGUCCUCUGAUUUCAAACGAAACUUCGAACUAGACUCGCCGUGUUAUUUUAUCGCCAUCUGAACCUCCGUCAAACUGCACCAGCAGUCCUUUCUUAUCAAACAUCGGGAUCGGGGACCAUCUUGCGCAGUGGUACGGCGAACGGAGCAAGCGGUGGCGGCGGCGGCGGCGGCGGCCACUCCGGGGAAUGUCGACUGGCCGUCAGUCCUGACAUCGGCCUCUUCUGAUCUCACACACCAGGUCCAUGUUUGGUUAGUGAAGUGUCCAGGAGAACAACAUGACACUGUUUCAGUUGAGCAUCUGGGUGAGAUGAGUGUCGCCUGUUAGCAAUGUGAGCUCCACUGACAAAACAGGCCCAUCUAUUCUCCAUACCAGACCUCCAUCUCAAUCACCAGCCAAUCAAAUGCACCAAGACAAUAAACUGGCCAAUCAUGGCAAGCAGGUCACCAGUGACAGCCGAUCGCAGAUACCCAGUAUAAACCAGCAGGCUCAGCAGCAGCAGGGAGCUGCUAGCCUUCUGGGUCCAAAGGGUGUCAGUGCCGGGAGCCAUGGAGUCAAAACCAACCAGAUUUCCCCCAGCAACCCUGGCCUGAAGACUGUCAGCCAAUCUGUGAGCAGCGUCGCAGGGAUGCUGAAAACCAAGUCCAAGCGGGAGCGGAGCAUCUCCAUUGACUCUGGUGAAUCGAGAAAUGCCAUUCCUCCUGCCGUGGAGACAGAUGCCAAAGGAGAGGGUGUUAUGCGCAGUAAGAGGCGCUGUGUUCUGGAGAAGAAACAGCCAUACAGCGGCGAUGAAUGGUGCUCUGGACCUGACACAGAGGAAGAUGAAGACAAGCCUCGCAGUGCGACCCACCGAGAGCGUGGGCUGACGGGUUCUUUCCAGGGUCUCUCUGAUCGCCUGUCAGCAGGGCCCUUGUCUGAACCUGGGGGUCCUGUAAUUGUAUGUGGUGUGGGACCAGGCCUAAAGACAGAGCCAGCUCAGUCUUCACAGCAAGUGGUGUAUGUUUUCACAACCAGCCUUGCCAACAGUGCUGCAGAGGCAGUAAUGAAAGGACAGACCGAUUCCAUCCUCCUGUUUCACCAGCAAAAUGUUCCACGCACCAAGUUGGGCCAGGGCCAUCCAUCAGGGAAGCCUCCUAACCUUUCUGAGAAGGUAAACUCAAGCAGCUCUCCACCCACCGGCACCCCUAAAUCCCAAAGUGGAACUCCUCGGCCAGCCUCGGCAGGAGUUGGAGGCUCAUUGCAUCCUGCAGGGACACCAACAUCAACAGGACACUCUGAUAGUGAAUCCUCCCAGACCAGACCCAGCGGAGCCUCCAGCAAUAGCAUCAUCAUUGCCCAUAGAUCAGAGGGAGCAAGUGCAGUCACUUCUGCAGGCCCAGUCCCAGGAAAUGGAAAUGGUGCUACUCUUUCUCCCUCAGGGAGUCCCUCCAUCCUAUCUGCACACCUACAGAGUGACACAGGCCAGAGGAGUGGCCCAGGAAACUCAGAUGGCCUUUCCAAAGAGCAGCUGGAACAUAGGGAGCGCUCUUUACAGACGCUGAGAGAUAUAGAGAGGUUGCUUCUGCGAAGUGGGGCAGGUGGUGGCCCUGCAGAUACAGGAGGCUCCAAUAACAAUGCCAGUAAUAACUCAUCCAACCUAAAUAAUAAUAACAAUACUGAUAGGAGUAGUAUUCUCGAAGACAGUGAUAAUGGUACUAAUAACUCUGGAAAUUGUGGUAGUGGUAAUAUGCUACAAUCAACCUUGGCUCCAAUUGCAGAGAUGAAGAGGUACGAAGAACCCCUCCAGUCCAUCAUUUCCCAAACGCAGUCUCUUGGUGGACCUGCCCUUGACAGCCCUCAAAUGGACUCUCACCAUAACCUACCACAACACCCUCAUCACCAGCUGUCUUCACCUGGGGUCGACAUGGGACCCUUACUUGGACCAGAAGGGCUGACUCCUGAGCAAAUGGCAUGGAGGAAACUUCAAGAAGAGUACUACUUAGAGAAGAGGCGACAACAGGAAAUACAACCCCACACACAUCCCCAGCACUUUAGAAUGAUGAGCGAGAUGGGCAUGCAUGGAGGUCCUAUGAUGAUGAGAGGACCCCCUCCUCCAUACCACAGCAAGCCUGGAGACCAGCAGUGGGGUCCUGGCAAUGUGAUGGGGGGAGGAAUGGGUGGAAAUGCACGAAUGAUAGACAUGCACCAAGAUGGACCCCGUGGCCCAAGGUUCCUUGGACAGAUGCAAAGAGGGCCACCUGGGGGAGGCGGUUUUCCUAAUAGUACAGGGGGAGUUUUAACAGUGGAGGGCCUAGGACCCCAAAGACCUCCCAGGCCAGGCAUGAUUUGGCUGGAUGAUAUGCCAAACAAUAUAGGAGUUGGUGGUCCCUUUCAUGGCUGCUAUCCUGGUGGACCACCACAGCACUUGCAAGGUGACCCAGAGCAUCCCUUAACACAUGAGGAAAUGUUUCGCAUCAUGGAGAAACGGCAGAUGCAGGGGCUUUCCAGGUUUGAACUUGACCGAUUAGCUAAAUCGCAGCAACAGGGAAAUCUUGGCUCAAGAAUUAUGGAUAAUCCUGGGGGACCUGAGUUUGCUAAUUUGGGAAUGGGCCAGGGUCCUCCCUCCUCUCGAGGUGAUCCUAUGGACUUUCCUGGCUCACGGGAGAUUAUGGGCUCUCCUGGAGGGGGUCCUCCGAUGAGAGACUUAGUAGAUUCUCCCCUGGGGAGCAACCUCACGAUGACCAUGAACCCACAGAUGAAUGUUCAGCAGCAACAGCAGAUGAUGCUAUCUCAGAAGCUCCGUGGAGGUCCUUCAGGCGGGGGGCCUUUAGGUGAAAUGUUUAGCCCUGGAGAGAUUUCACGAAUCAGGGCUUUGCAAAAUGGAAGAGGAGGAAAUAAGGGAAUGGUCCCAGGACCCGAUGGCCCUUUUCAGUUUCCCAAUCAAGGUCCAUUCUCUGGAGGACAGGUGGAAGGGCCCUAUCUUCAACAACAAGGCCCCGAGAUGUUUGGGCCGGAGCAACAAGGUCCUAAUCAAAUGGGAGGUACAUCGCGGCUUAGUCAUAUGCCUAUGACUGCAGGCCUCAGAGGAGGAGACCUUAGUCCUAGGCACCCUUCUGACCUGUCAAUCAACGUUAACCCUCUGACUUCUCCUUCAGUGCCUCCUUCUCAUCAGCUCAAGUCUCCAUCCCUCAACCAAGAGCCAUCUCCUCUUCUACCUUCCCCCUCUGCGCCAGGACUGAAGUCACCCUCACAGAUCACCUCUGCAGGACAUCAUCCCCCUCUGCCCCCUGUUUCUGGUGCUGGGACUCCUUCCUCUUCUUCCAUGAAGUCUCCCCAGGUAAUGGGGUCUUCCAAUCUUGUGUUGCACUCUCCAUCUGCCUCUCCUGGACGACUAAAAUCCCCAGCCAUGCCUGUUGGCUCUCCAGGAUGGGCGUCUCCUAAAACCACUCUUCCAAGUCCAGGUGGUCCACCGAGUGGUAAGAUAGUAAGCAACGGAGGAAGUAGUUCCACUGAGACAGGCCAAUCACUUCCCCAGAGGAGUUCCAACUCUACCCCCAUUAGCCAACCAGGAUCUAUGAAUCCUAGUAUGCCAUUUACUUCCUCCCCCAGUGCCCUUCCAUCUCAGAAUCCUUUAUCUCUCAUCAUGUCUCAGAUGUCCAAGUAUGCCAUGCCCAGUUCUACUCCUCUCUACCAUGAUGCAAUCAAAACGAUUGCCACUUCUGAUGAUGAGAUCCUGCCAGAUCGACCUCUUCUAUCUGGUGUCAGCAUUGGAGGAAACAUGGGGAACCCCCAGACCUCCCAGAUACUUGUCUCCCAGGGUUCUGUUGGUCCCCACAGUAAUCCACAAAGCCCCAUGGGUAUUGUAAGCCAAGGUCAGCAGCACCUGUCUCAUGAGGCCUCAGGACCUGUGCUUUCUUCCCCAAACCACAUGGGCAUGCCUGCUAUGAAUUCUGCUGUGAUGGGAGGAGGUGGACCUGAUGGAAUGGGGCCCUGCAAUGUUUCGCCUAUUUCUCAGAACCAGAUAGCAGGUUUUCCUCGCAUUCAGCAGCCUCCUCAUGGUCCCAUGCACUCACCUGUUGGAGGAAUGUCACAGAAUUUCUCUCAGCACAAUGAGGAUAUUCUGCCACCCCAGCAAUUACACCUGCUUAGCAAAGGUCAUCCUCUUCAACGCUCCUCUCUUCCCUCAGACUCAUUCGCCUCUUUGCCCAUGGGGGAUGGCCCAGAUCUAAGUGAAGUCAUACGACCCACUCACACAGGCAUCCCUGAGUUUGAUCUCUCCCGCAUCAUUCCUUCUGAUAAGCCCAGUAGCACUCUUCAGUAUUUCCCAAAGAGUGAGCCACAACCUGUUCCACAGCAGCUCCUUAAACAGCUGUCUUCUACUGGCCCUCCACACAGCAGUGGCCCUUCAUCCAACCCCCACUUAGCAAACUUACAUAUGAUGGCUGAACAGCAGCUGCCACCUCACCCCUCACAUGGUGGAAUACGCCAAAGCAUGGGCAUUCCUCAGGGGGGCUCUAGAGGCAUGGUUUCUGGUGGGAGCAUGGGGCCCAUGUGUCCCCCUGGACACAUGAUGGGAAGGACAGGCAUGGUGCCCCAGCAGCAACUCCAGCAGCAGCAAGCCAUGAUGGCAAACAGCCUUCUCCACCAUCCUUCCAGUCCAUACCCUGGCAUGAUGUCCUCCCAGCAGCACCCACACAAUCUGAUGGCACAGCAGAACAUUAUGAUGAUGCAGGCUAAGCAGCGAAGCAUGUCAGUUCCAGGGGAUCCUUUUGGCCCCCAGGGUCCUCUAAUGUCCCCUCAGGCUCCCAUGAUGGCCCCUUCCCACCCACAUUCUGGUAUGAUGGGGCCCCAGUCUCUCAGACAGCGUGGAAUGUCUCUGGACAGUCCCAUUGGCUAUGGCCCUGGAGGUAUGGCCAAUAUGCCAUUCUGAUCCAGCUCAUAUAAACUGUAAAGAAAAAUCAUGUUUCUACUAGGUUACCUUCCCAUUGUGUCUAAGUUUUUGCAUUAAUGUUAUUCUUGCAGUUGUUUGAAAAGGGGAACUGUAAAAAACAAUAAAUCAGUGAUAAACUUCAAAUUUUGGAUUACAACUGAUAGAAAAUAUUUAAAAGCACUGUAACACAAUUCAAUAACAAUCUGAAGCCAUUUUCUAAAAUACUGUAAAAUAUGUAUAUUUCAAAGAUGUGUGUAUUUGUUGUGGGAACAGAAUGGCAGUCAGGAGAGGAGUGCCUCAAAUUUCUAUUUGUUUUAACAUCAUUGAUUUAUUUUCUCCAGCUGUUGUGCAAAGGAAUUAUAUCUGUCGAAAGAUAGAUAUAUAUAAACAAACGCUGUAUAUAAGAUGCAAUUUGUGGUUGUUUGCAGUUGUUCUGUAUAACUGUGUUUUAAUAGAAGUCUAAAAAUAUAAUAAUAAUGAUCUCUA